AAACGCAGACAUCAUCCAUAGCCAUAUUAAGCAAGAAAAGAAAAAUGAUGAUCGGAGAGAGAGAUCACAGUUAUCUUGAGGCGCAAGUUACCACGUGGUACUCAGGUGAUCAGACGGCUAAUAUUCAGUUUUCUUCUAGCCCUAGAGACAAUGCCUAUGCCGGCGAGGAAUUCUCGCCGUCAAUUCAAAACGACGCAGCUUUGAGGGCUUUCCAGCGGUACUUGCCGUCGAAUAGUAGCGACGGCGAGUUUGACGGCGGGAAAGACGGUGAGUUCCCCGCCGACGCGUAUUCUUGCGAUCAGUUUCGGAUGUAUGAGUUUAAAGUGAGGAAAUGCGCACGUGGGAGGUCACAUGACUGGACGGAGUGUCCGUUUGCCCAUCCCGGAGAAAAGGCUCGCAGGCGGGACCCGCGCGCGUGUCACUACUCGGGGACGGCGUGUCCGGAUUUCCGGAAGGGGAACUGCCGGAAAGGCGACGCGUGCGAGUUCGCGCACGGCGUGUUUGAGUGCUGGCUACACCCGGCGCGUUACCGCACGCAGCCGUGUAAGGAUGGGAUGAACUGCAAGCGACGCGUGUGCUUCUUCGCCCACUCGCCGGAACAGCUCCGAGUUUUGAGCCCCCGUUACGAAUCCUACGACGGGUCGCCGCAUAGGUUCGGUUUCGACGCCGCCAAAACUAUCCAUUUCGUUUCGUCCCCCGAGUCCGGAUCGCCGCCGUCCGAGUCACCGCCCUUAUCUCCGAUGACCGCCGCCAACUCAGUCAACUCGCUCAGCCGCUCUCUCGGCUCCAAUUACGUCAGCGACAUGGUGGCCUCUCUACGUCAGCUCCAACUCAACAAGGUGAAAUCCAUGCCUUCUUCCUGGACCGUUCAAAUUGGUUCACCUGUUCACGGGUCUCCGGUCUUACCCGUGACCCGACCCGGAUUCCGGAGCUUGCCUUCCACUCCAACCCAGUGUAUCCCUCGAUCCCACUUUGAUCUCUGGGAAGAGAGCUUGCGUGAAGAAGAAGAUGAAAUCCCCAUGGAAAGAGUCGAGUCAGGGCGAGGCUUAAGAGCCAGAAUGUUCCAGAAAUUAAGCGAGGAAAAUCCUCUAGACGGGUACCCGAACCCGUCUGAUGCUCCAAACCCGGAUGUCGGAUGGGUCUCGGAUCUUAUCAACUAAAAUGUUUUAAUUUUCUUGAGAAUAGGUAAAUAUCUAUUUUUUUUAAAUCAAAAAACUGAAUUUUAAUUUCAAUCCCCCCAAAAAAAAAUUAAAAAAAUUUGUAAAGAUCGGAAGAGCUGUGAUGAUCGACUGUAAAUAUGGAAGAAGAAAGACGGCGUUUCUGUAUUUGGGUGUCUGCACAAGCUAAGGAACAAGCCGAGGAUGAAGAAGAGAAGACUGGAUUAUUCCCUUUUUUGGUAAAUUUAAGGUUGUUACUAAUCAUCGUUAUAAGUUAUCAUUAGCACUAGAGUUUAUCUUAAUGUUGUUAUAAAUCUCGUUUACUGUAUCUUUAUGUUUGCCGAGUCUGCUACUGAUUAACUCUAAUCCUAGUGGGUGUAGAUAUUAUCAUGAUCUGGAUGCAUGCUCUCUGCUAUUCAAUAUGAUGAAUGUAAUGAACAAUAUUACUUCAUGUCAUGUAUUUUAUAAAAUUAUAUUUCUUUUACUUA